AUGACGUCAUACAGGUUUGCUCAGGUUCUUAGUACAGCCAUGGACACGGCUUUAAGCCCAUAUGUUGUCAAAAAUGCUUUCAAAUCAGAAUGGAGGAAACAGAUUGAGGAAAAGGAGGAGAAGAAGAACAAGCAAACAAAAAGGCAACCCAGACAAAAUGGUAAAACCACACCUACUAAACAAAAGCCAAAGAAGAAAGCUAAAAAACAAGUAGUAAACAAAAACAUUGAUGUAGAAAAUAAUGAAUGUGGUGAUGAUUUUCCAGUGCUGUCACGUCCCAAACAGAAAAGGAAAAGAAAGACUGUAGAUGGUGGUAUGGACAUUUCAACAAAUGGUGAUAUGAAAGAUUAUGAGGAUGAUGAGUGUUAUACAUGUGGUGUGUGUGGUGUAAGGGGAUGCGUGCAAGAUGAUAACAAUGGUAUACUUUGGGAUGGAUGUGACAAUGACAAUUGUAUGAAAUGGUACCAUAGAGGAUAUAAUCCAAAUGAUGAACUGCCAUAUAUUGAUCUUAGUCUCAUCGUUGACAGUGAUUGGCAUUGUUUUAUAUGUAGAAAUAAUGUUCAAAAUGAUAAUACAUUUAUAUGUCAAGUUUGUAUGCUAACUGAAGAAAAUGUUUUAGUCACUGAUGAUGAAAUGUUUUGGAUGCACUGCUCUGUUUGCAGGCACAUGUUCCACCAAUCAUGUGUUCCAUCUAACAUAUUUACAAAUUAUCAAAGAUGUUUAGCUGUCUCAAGACAAUGGGUAUGUGCAGAAAAUUGA